CGGGAAACAAAAUGGCGGAAGAAGAGACAUCUGCAGAAGCCUUGGUGAGCCUACGAGGUAUUGGAUCUCCAUUCAGCUCGCCGGCAAAACGUAGCACUCCGCCACGGUCCAAGAAAAGAACUCGACAGACCGAUGAUAGUGUAGAAGAUUCUGACCUAGACAGAGGCACAGAUGAAGGGGAAUACUCACUUUCCUCCCCAAGAACUAGGAGAAUGACAAAAGCAGCUUCUCUGUUAUUUGGCAAUGGAAGUACAGACAAGAAGCUUGCCAAGGCUUCCUUUGCUAAGUUGCAGAACCUUUUGAAGUUACCCAAAGCAGCAAGAUGGUGUUAUUUUGAAUGGUUCUACUCCAGCUUAGACAGAGUGUUAUUUCAAGGUGACAACGACUUCGAUGUUUGCCUGAGGGAAUCAUUUCCAAAUUUAAAGACUCGCAAAUUACGUCGUGUUGAGUGGAGGGAAGUUAGAAGACUAAUGGGUAAACCAAGGAGAUGUUCUCCAGCAUUUUUCUUGGAAGAGCGGCAAGCCUUGGAAGAGAAGAGACGAAAGAUUCGCAUGCUUCAGCAAAAGAAGGUUACUGAACUUAGCAGGUUCAAGGAUUUACCCGAUGAGGUUCCAUUACCUUUGGUUAUUGGGACCAAGGUUACAGCUCGCCUGCGUGGGCCUCAUGAUGGCCUUUUUACCGGUCAGAUAGAUGCAGUUGAUACUGUGAACUGCUCUUACAGAGUUACUUUUGAUCGCCCAGGCCUUGGAACACAUUCAGUUCUUGAUCUUGAAGUCUUGAGUGAAGAGCCACAUGACACCAUGCCCAUAUCAUCAUUUCUUCAAAAAGAAAGGCCAAGAACAGCAGCAUUCACUCCUGCAUAUACACCACCAAGGCUUCUUCCUGCUGGUAGUGACUUGAAUAGCCCAAAUAUGGUUCAUGAUCCUCUUAUAGGAGCAUCACCUGGAAGGUUACGACUUCAAGAUGCAAUCUCUCAACAAGGACAAGGUGGCACUCUUGGUGGUUUUCCAAUCAGGUUUCUCAUCCUUGUGACAAGAUUGUCAAAGAUCUUACUUGUCAAGAAAGAAUGCAUUGAAAAGUUACGAGAAAUGAACACACAAGCUCAGAAGAUGAAAUCCUACCAGGAGCCCAUUGAUAAGGAGUUCCAGAGGCGUUAUGCGUCGGUUGUAUUGGAAUUAGAGCGGCUCAAUAAAGAUCUCAAUGAGUAUUUAACAGGUGUUCAGGAGUAUUGUCAAGAGCUGGCCCCUGAACAAGGAGUUCAAUCUAUGGAUCCUUCCAUCAGUGUUAAAAGAAGAUGUGAUGAAGAGGCUGCCAGAGUAGUGGAAGACAAUAAUGCAAACAUGGGCCUAAAUGCUCUCACAAGUCAGCCAUUGGUGCAGAUUGUCAGUAAUUUAACUUCUCUCAUGCUUCAAAUUAAGUCUUUAGCAGAGAAUGAUCUCAAUACCUUUGAGUUCAAAUCUUUAUCUGAUGCAGUGGAUGAAAUCAAGAAAACUAUAGACCCCUCAAACAUUAGCUGUUUUCAGAACAAUGUAGAGAUCCAUGUAGCUCACAUCCAGUCUGGUCUUAGUCAGAUGGGAAAUCUACAUGCGUUUUCAUCAUCUGCUGGGCCUUCAUAAGAUAUGUUUUGCAGCACAUAAAUCAUGGGUAGACAACAACUCUUAGUCAACAUGUAUGCUACAUUGAGACAUGAAAAUAAAAUCCCACUCAAACAUGAUUAGAUAAUUAUUUAGAACUUCAUUUUUGAAAUAGGCUUUUUGCGCCAACUACUUAAAAUGACUAGUCAAACCUGCUGUCUUCAGCAUUUUAUUUAAACAAAUGCAGUUGUUAAAUAGUUAUUGUAAAGAAAAGUUGCAGUUAAUACUGUGGUGAAUUGACUUGAAAUGAAGUGUAAUUGUUUGUCACAAGAUGUGGUUGUUUCUCAAUACUGAAUCCACAUUGGAGGCUACAUACACUUCUCCAAUCCAUGUUGUUAUUCACUCUGGAGAUGACACAUGCUUCUCAGCUCCACAUUGGAGAUGACACAUGCUUCUCAGCUCCACAUUGGAGGUGACACACACUUCCUAGCUCUGCAUUGCAAUCCACAUUAGAGGUGGCUACUUUGUGAGACAAACAGUUUUACUUCAUUUCAAAUGCCCAUGGAUAUAAUGGAAAAGGUUCAUAAGAAAUUAUGAAAAGAGGGUCUGUAAUAACCAAUAAUACUAGCUUAUGUUUUUAAUACAUACAUAUUCCUGUUAACAUUUGACUGGAUGAGUGGUUAGAAAUGCACAACCUUUUGAUUGAAUCUAUUUCAUCAAAGUUGUGAUUUUUCUGAUUAUAUACAUGAAUAAAGUCAUCUAUAAUUUUUCUGCAAAGUGGUCUGGAAUAACCUUUUAUUAUUCUUCUGUAACAUUUUGAUCACACUCUCUUGACCUCAUCCUUCCCUAAAGAAACUAACAUAAUUAUUUUGUAUUGUAACUUUACUGAUCAGGUGGUUCCUUACUUCUAAGAAAACCAUGAACACCUGAAAUAUCAGUUUGACAAAAGAGCAAACUGGUUAAUAGCCUUGGAACAGGCCGUUAUUAAUAGUGCUGCAGGAUGCACGUUUCUCCACUUGCGUUAUUCACAGCCUUGUAUUUCCUGCAGGCAAAGAAAUGCUUGUGCCGAGGUGCUCGAAAGGAGGGCCUGCCUACGGGCUAACUGAUAUUGACUUCUGAUUGGCUUUCUUUCUCUUAACGUAAGAUAAUUACAGAUGGUACCUAAUUAAAGCAGAACUCCCUCAACUGACUGUUGACUGAUUGUCUGUACUGUUCUGGUAUAAUCUAACAGACAGAAAAAAUCUACAAUCCCACAAACUCAACUACUUUAUUAAACAGCAAGUAAUGUUCUAAACAAGGAGUGACUCCUUAAAGGAGUGCAAUACUUAUCGUAAAUAAACUUAAUUAAGCCCAUCACAGACUAUAUCCAAGCUCAUCACUGACACAAUCUCACUGCUGUCUCCAAAGUUCCUUGAAAUAGGUGGCCUUCUGCAGUAGUGACCCUCUUGGUUCAGCUUUCAAAACAUUCAUUGCUCUGACUACAACAACUUCUUCUACUACUGUAUAAGUAAGUCUUUACAUAUAAUUAUAUAUAUUUGCAAAGUGUUCUGGAACAUUCCAGAAGCUUCCAUGAGAACUAUUUUUGUAGUAUUACAUAAUAAAUAAUUAAAUAAAUAAUAAAUCUAGAGGCUACAAUGUCUGCUGACAAACAGCCAACAGAUGACAACAGUUUUUUGGGGGAGCUCAUCUUCAAACAUACCAAUAUUUCUGGUCUUCAGUUUUCAUCUUUUUCUUUUAGUAAGGAAAAGUAACUGAGAUUUCUUAAUAGAAAUCCAAACUGUGGGAGUUACUAUAUUGCUACAUGUAAGGAAAGUCUGGUGCUAAUAUCAUGGAAUUAAAAAUAAUGUUACUUAAUAUAAGUGAUGAUGUAUUUUGACUCUUUUUGCUAAGUUGGCAUUAGUGUAUACUAUAUAUGUUGACAAAUAGAAUACCUGUAAUUGGGAACAUUUUUUUAUUCAAAUAGUUGAGAACCAUAUUUGAUGGAAAGUACACCAUAAGCCUAAUCAAAAGGCUUAGUGCAGAACUAAUUGUGUGGCUGAGUUGAGGAUUUUAAUAUGGGAUCUCAAGAUUUCGAAUCCUGGACCCUAAUCAACUAUUGUGUCAUCAUUUGUAAUUAAUUUACUAAUAAAAGGAUGAGAAAAAAUUCUCUAGGCAAGUAAAUUAGGAAUUUGCUACUCAAAGUUUACUGGAU